CUUGCCUCAUUCUUGUAUCUCGUGCAUCCGAGGCAGCGUGCUGUAUGUCAUUACCGGAAAUUUCGGCACAUGUUCAUUGAGCACCAGCUUUGAGCUCGAGAUAUCAAUGAGCAGGAUGUGUGGUGAAUUCAUUGGACUUGUGGCAACUGUGUCCCAUAAUUGGUUCGUUGUCACACAUUCUACCUUUGUAAUGCAGAUGGGGCGAUAAUAGUAUUGAUUUGACUAUAGACACUACCUCCUCAUAUUCUUUGCGGCCGUACAUUCCUCGUUUAUCCAUAUCAAUCAUGAAUUCGUUCAAGAAAAUGUUCCAAAAGUCUAACGACGACCAGAAGGGCUCGCUUAAGCAUUCCAAAUCAAUGCCAUACGGAUUCUCUUCAGAAGGGAGAAGGCGCGAGCCUCUUCGUGACGAUUCUUCCAAACCCGUAUACCGUGGCAAGACUCCCCUUAAAAAGUCCGACAUCGUGUACGUCAAGCAAGCUCCAGGGAUACUCGACAUCUAUCAUGGCAAAUCACAACAUACCUACUACCAUGGACCAGCUCGCGCAAACGUUGACACACGCGCGGACUCUGACUUGCUGGCCAAGUUUCCCCAUUCCCCCGAACCAACUGAGGGCCUCCCUCGCCGUGGUUUCAGAGCACUUUCUUUAAACUCGAAGGCUAUAAAGCCCCAAAUUCCCAUCUAUAAUUCGGGUACAAGUGAUCAAGAAGCCUACCCUUCCAUUCCCCACGGCAAACAGGGGCAUGAGGCCACUGUUGAUCAGCCUUCGGCGGAUGUACGAUGGACCCCCGACAACCAUACUCGCAGUGUCGGACUGGCAGAACGGAUUCGUGCUAAGUCGAGCACUGAUCGCUCGAAUAUACAUCCUCCCCCCGCUCCCGCUCCCCCUCUUCCCACCACUCGCGCCUUAAAUCCAACACUCUCGCGCUCCGCACACAGCUCACACGUAAAUCUUCGGGAGGUUCCAUCCCAGGUCGCCGUUUCGACUCCUGUGCCAGCCCAUCCACAGUCCUACUGGCCAUACUCCCAAUACGACGAGAUUUCGCAUGAACAGGACCCGACCGUCCUCAGCGAAAUGAUUAAUGGUUAUCCUUUGACGCCUGUUCGCAGCGCAAGCUGCCCAGAGCACACGCGCCCCAUAUAUUUUGACAUAGACGAGCCGUACUGUCUCGAGAAGACACUUCGAUGGUACAUACAUAUGGCAUUGGCCGAACGUCGUCCGCUCGAUGCACGCGCAGGUGGCCGUUACCACCGCAUCGUUGACGCGAGUAACAUGGGAAUCGCUCCAGAGACUGAAAAUGAUUGAUCUUGGCAGGGUGGUCAUCGGUGAUUUUGAAAAGAUGGACAGAGGUUAGUUUCUGAAGAGAGUCUUGGUGCUGGUUUAACUGCUCGCUUAUGUCGUAUGUACUGUCAUGUAUAUGCAUAUGGAUAUG